AUGAUCGAAAGAGGUUCAGGGAAAGCAGAGUGUGUUCGGGCGGUCGACGUCCUGACGGUGCUCAGAGAGAAAGUGGCCUUCGUGUCGGGUGGACGGGACAAACGCGGUGGACCAAUCCUGACCUUCCCUGCCAGGACCAAUCAUGAUCGAAUAAAACAGGAGGACCUAAGCCGAUUGGUCACGUACCUGGCGACCAUACCCAGUGAGGACGUGCGUGCUCGUGGCUUCACGGUGGUGGUGGACAUGCGUGGCAGUAAGUGGGACAGCGUGAAGCCGGUGCUCCGGACGCUGCAGGAGUCGUUCUCCUCCAACAUCCACACGGCGCUGCUCAUCAAACCGGACACCUUCUGGCAGAAACACAAGACCAACCUGGGCAGCGCCAAGCUCAGCUUCGAGAAACACUCUGCUGCUUCUGACGGUGUCGUCAGUGAGCAGCUGCGUCUCACUCUGGUUUGGCAGCAUUUCUGGUCUCGGUCCAGAGAGUCCAGCCUGUACGGCUCUGAAGGGUCGGGGCCCCAGACUCAGUCACCCAGCCAGAGUGCCACCUCCCCCACAGUGUAUGGAGUGGGCGGGGCCCCAGGGGGCGCUGUCGGCUCUCCGGGGUCGAAACGCAGCGUCUCUGGAACUGGAAACACACUGAAGCGCUGGUUAACCAGUCCCGUCCGGAGACUGAGUCAGGGGAAGGCUGACGGGCAGAAGAAGCCUCCAAUCAGAACCAGGAGGCGGGACAACAGGCCAGAGCAGACCACACCCCUCACCGGCAACGCACAGACGGAGGAGGCGGGGCAGAGCGGAGGGGAGGAGGAGCCAGAGGAAGAAAGCCACACCCUCCUUCCGCCGCCCAUGCAGAUCAUCAAAGACCCAAACAACCCCGAGGAAAUUUCACCAGAUUUUGGUAAAAGGUUUAGGGUUAUUUGUUUUAACACGCCUCCCUCUCUCUGUCUUCAGGCUCUGGAUUCAGAUCAGGGCUCCAAUGAGUCGGACACCGAGCAGCGAAAUAAAGCGCUGAGAGGACGCAUGUUUGUGGUUAACGAGAUGAUCCAAUCAGAGAAGGACUAUGUGAAGGACCUGGCUGUGAUCGUGGAGGGCUUCAUGUCCAGGUUGGAGGUCAGAGGGAUCCCAGAGGACAUGAGAGGAAAAGACAAGAUCGUCUUCGGGAACAUCCAGCAGAUCUACGACUGGCACCGCGACUUCUUCCUGGUGGAGUUGGACCGCUGUGUUCAGAACCACGACCUGCUGGCCGACCUCUUCAUCAGACAUGAACGUCGUCUCCACAUGUACGUGGUUUACUGUCAGAACAAGCCGAGGUCGGAGUUCAUCGUCAUCGAGUACGAGACGUUCUUUGAGGAGAUCCAGCAUGAGAUCAGCUGCAGGAUGUCGAUCAGUGAUUACCUGAUCAAACCCAUCCAGAGAAUCACCAAGUACCAGCUGCUGCUAAAGGAUUUCCUAAAGUACACGUCCAAAGCAGGACUUGACUGUGAAGAGAUCGAGAAAGCAGUGGAGCUGAUGUCAUUGGUACCAAAGCGCUGCAACGACAUGAUGAACCUGGGACGCCUGCAGGGAUACGAGGGGAAGCUGACGUCUCAGGGGAAGCUGCUGCAGCAGGAGACCUUCUGUGUUUGGGAGCAGGACGGAGGAGUUCUGUCUCGCAGCAAAGAGCGAAGAGUUUUCCUCUUUGAGCAGAUCAUCAUUUUCAGUGAGCUGCUGCGGAAAGGCUCCAACAACCCGGGAUACCAGUUCAAGAACAGCAUCAAGGUGACUUACCUGGCGAUGCAGGACAGUGUGGACGGUGAUCCGUGUAAGUUUGUGUUGUGGUCUCGUGGCUCUGCGGAGCGCUUCACACUGCAAGCGUCCUCCGCCAGCAUCAAGAUGACCUGGGUGGAGAACAUCGCCACCCUGCUGGACGCCCAGAACAACUUCCUGUCAGCUCUUCAGUCUCCCAUUGAGUACCAGAAGAAGGAGGGCGGCAUCUCUGUGACCCGCCCUCUGUCGUCGGGACGACCCCCGUCGGCCCCGCCCACACCAAACGGCCACGCCACUCAGCCUCCACCUGACGUCGAGCAGGACGACCAGGAGCUGGUGCUGGUGACGCAGGACUUUGUGGCGGUGCGGGAGGACGAGAUCUGUGUGUUCCGGGGGGAGAAGGUUCAGAUUCUGGCGUCCAACCAGCAGGGUCAGAGUUUGGUUUACCGGCCGGCCAACAGCGACUCGCCGGCCGCCGAGGGCUGGGUGUCACGCAGCGUGCUCAAAACACACUGACACACAUACACAAUAACACACACAGCAGAGUCAGACUAUGGUUUACUACAUACACGCCAAAUACUGCAGGCUAACAGGGCCAGGGGCAUGCUGG